UCGUCAAAAGGUUAUCUCUGUCGUACCAGAAAACUUGUGUCGUCAACAGCAGACAAGGUUGGGAGUCCCACAUUUCAACAGCGCAGUAUGCUUGCUCUGUGUUUUCUAAUCUUCGUUUUGCAGGGAGUCGUGGAUUGCGUGGUUGAUUGCAACCAUCAAGUUGACGGGAAUUAUGAAAUUACGUGUCACUCAUACAUCUCAUGUAGUAGUGGGAUUUCUAUCCAUCAUACCUGUCUAACCGGUCAGAUGUAUAACCCCGUCACAAUGCGCUGUGCUAGCACGACGAAUUUGCCUCCGCCAUGUAACAUUAUUCAUAGCUGCAGUGGUCUGCCCAACAGAAAGUUUGCGGACCAAGAAACUCACUGCAAAACCUACUACACAUGUCAGAACGGGUACUUUUACGGCCAUAACUUCUGUUCCCCGGGUACGGUAUUUGAUGAGAACAUGCAGAACUGUAACUGGCCUUCCAAUGUUGCUAAACCUUGUGGAACGGUCGAUACCUCGGUCAUCGGUUGAUCAGAUUAAGAUUGUCUAUGUUAAGACUAAAUAUACAGUCUUAUAACUUGU